UUUUUCAGGAACUUUCUAAAAUGACCGAUAUCGCGCCGAAGACACAUCAGAAAAAUCUGGUAUUGCCAACUUUUCUCAAUAUGCCUUUAAAUAUCGCUAAUCUAGUUUUGGAAAAGAUGGAGACCAUGGAUCGACUGAGAGCGAGAAAAGUCUGUCGCAGUUUGAGAACUGCUGUCGAUAAAAUUGGAUUACGUUUUGACUACAUCUAUUUGUACUUGAGGAAAGAUGAAGUCGAAAUAUGGAGUGGAACUGAAAUCAUAUAUAAUACAGCAGAAAAUGACAGUUCGAGUUCGAAUGUGAUCCACAAUGAACAGACAAAGUUGAUUGACGGAGAAAACUUUGUGGAAAAAGCGGCCAAGGAUUUUAAGAUAUUAUCGAAGCACGCACGGAAAAUUGCAAUUCGGAACUUUACGGAAAACAGAUGCGACAUUGUUACAACUUUCAUUAAGAUUUUCAAAGCCGAAAAAUGUAUUCACGUGCAGCAAAUAGAACUUAGUUACUUUUCAUUUGAUGAAGUCCUUACGAUUCUUUCAUGGUUUGAUGCUAAAGUGCUCAAAAGUAUUGAAUUAGAUGGGAUAAAGUCAAUUGACCAAUUCGAAAGAAUAAUCCAUUUGGAGCAUUGGAAAAAUGCUGAAGAAUUUAGCAUUAAUAGUCGUAGAGUUGAGUGUACGAAUGCCAUUGUCCAUUUUUUCCAUUUCAAAUGCUUUUAUAUUUACAAAUUGGACGAAUUUUCAGCACAUACCGCGAUACAAAUAAGAGAUGAUCUUUUGAGAAGAAGUACAUUCCAAAGUUGCACGAUAUAUUUUGUCAGUUCAAAAAUAAAUCCGAUGGAAAUUGCAAAAGUAUUUAAAUCGGACUAUGGCAAUGAAUUUAAUAUCGAAUAUUCAAAUGGUAACGACAAAUUCGGUAUUUUUCUUGAAGAUUUGCAGUAUCUGAAUAAAAACCAUUUUAAAUUGAAUGUGAAAAGAUUGUGAAAAUCCCUAUUAGUUUGAUUGUAAGUAAAAAAGUCUGAAAAAGUGGUUCUUUUCCGAGAUUUUGUUUUGUUUUUCAUUUUACUAUUUUUUUUGGAAAUAAAUAAAUCCCAUUCUAUUCAUACUUAUUGGUACCAUUUUUAUGAAUAAAAACAUUU